AUGGCUCAUAGGGAAAGAGGAGAGAGAGGGGAGAACAAGAGAAAAAGGAGGAGAUUUGCUUCAGACCUGGGAUUGCUAGGAACAACACUGCUUGAUUUUUGCUACUGCUAUUUCUUUGCUAAGAGUAACUGCUUUAAGAUAUUGAAAGAUAUGGCUUUGAAUACUGCUGAGGAAAGUACUAUUAAAGUACCUGUCGCUAGGCAAGAAAGUAUGAGGGGUCCGGAACCUACCUCAUAUCAGGAGACGGAGGUUGCCCGCCUCCUGCGGUUACUUGUUCAGCAACAAGUGACUAGGCUUGGCAAGGUGCGCAGGAAGGAGGCGCAUUGGUUCACUGGCCUGGAUGUCAGUGAUUGGUUGGAAGAAUUCGAGGUUGAGCUGGAACAAGAAGGGGUACCCAAGGAAAGCUGGUGUAAAGAGCUGGUGAUCAAUACCCAGCCAGGAUUGAGACCGAGAAUCCGUUACCUGGAUGGAUAUGAGUCGAGCAACUGGAUGGCCUUUCGAAGGAGCCUGAUGGAUGAGUUCAGCGACUCAGAUGGCCGGGUUAUGAAAAGAAGCGAAUCGUACUUGAGGAUGCUGGCUAAGGCUGUACGGGAAGACAACAUCAUGACUCCCUUAGCAUACAUCACCGAGUUUCGUAGAAUAGGCCUGGAAAUGCUGAGUGAGGGAAGGAUAGGAAACUUCCAGCUAGUCCAGAUAUUUUUAAAGGGUUUCUCAGAGAGUCGACAAGAUCAGAUCCUGGAUAGCAUCAGCAAUGAGCUUACCCCCUCUGGUGAGCGGCGACGAGCCAUCCCGGACUUUGCAAGUGUGGUUGCAGCGGCAAGACAAGUUGCGCAAAGUGUCCAGUAUCGACAACAGAUUGAGAAGGCUGGUCCCGCGGAAGGGCAACUGAAGACUGUAAUAAAAACUCAGUACCCGGGGAUCUCAAGAAGAAAUGCCGACCCCUCAAGACUGGAUGAAGACCUUCGGCAAAGUAUUGACAAUCUACGAGUUGGUGCGGCAACAAUGGACAGCCUGAAGCAACGCAUAGCCAUCUGCGAGGAUCCAAUCCUUAAAAGUGGGAAACAAGAUAGCACGCAGAUGGGACAUAUCAUUAACUAUGUUGAGAGUCUGUUCCCGAAUACGCAUCUGAAAGCCGCGGUACCAAGGACGGAAAACUCGGCCACCGGAAUGAGCUUGUAUAAACCAGCAAUGCCAUCUCAAGACCAGGCUUCAGUAGAGCUUUGGUGCUGCGCGAACGAUAACCAGCCUCACCGUCAUGCAACGAGGUGCCCAUUACUCAUGCCCCUAAUGGAUAGCAGGCAAAUCCAUUGGGAUCGUGAGGCAAAGGCAUUUCGCUGGGGGCCGGUCGGUAGUGGCCAAGAUCUGAUUCCGCUGAACAGAUACAGCCAGGUCAAGAAGACGCAACGUGAGCAGAUUGAUGAGCUCAUGAAGCAACGAACUGCAGGAAGGCAGGCUGCUGGAGUUCAAUUGAUCUGUGAGAAUGCUGGCGGCAGUUAUUUUGCGGAAUAUGAUCGAGUCGUACGAGAAGUAGGGACACAUGUGGUUUCUGAGAGUCAGCCAUCUGGAAUGAGAGCUACUGUCAAGACUGUAAGGAGCGGUACCUUACAAGAAAAAGAAGAGCCAGCUAUGGUGACUCAGGUGGCUGACCGGGUAGGGAGCAAGCCUACCCUGAAGAACUACCUAAAGGAAGUCCCUCAUGAGCAGACGGUAGUCUCAUUCACCGAGCGCCUGAUGAACAGUACUGUCGAAAUCUCUCUCAUGGAAUCGUUACAGCUCAUGCCUGAGAUCCGGAAUGCCAUCUAUCAGUCUCUGCCUGGUCCAAUUGCCGACGUUGUGAGGGACCAGCUAGCGGCUGCUAAGGAAGCGCGCCGAAAGCGAACUGAGGAAACCAAUGCGCAGAAGGCCGGAGCAAAAGCAAAAAGAGAGGAUAUGAUCAUCGGUGCAAUAUAUGGUGGUGAUCUUACAGUCCGAGAACUGACAAGUGAUUAUAUCGCCCAUCAGGACAGACUGCAAAACCGACAGAGAAUUUCAGCACCUCUGCCAAUGGUGGAUGUAUAUAUUGGAAGGUCAAGACAUGAAUCCAGGGCACUGAUAGACACUGGAGCAUGUACUAACUGCUUGAGCGAAGAAUUUGCAAAAGAGCAAGGCCUAGUGCUCAAUCAGAUCCAUGGAGACAUGACGGUCCUGAAGAACAUGAGGGCCGCCAAUAAAGGAGCUAUGCACUGCAUUGGUUGGGUAUCUGCGCGUGUUAAUAUUGCUGGUUCCGAUAUCAUAUAUAACCCGGUUAUUUUUGCUGUGUUUAGAAAUCUUAGUCUUGAAGUGAUCCUGGGAACUGAUUAG